AACUGACUGACAAAUAAAUGAUUGACAAUAUUUUGCAUGGUGUUGGGUUAUUUUGUUUAUUAUUUUCAUUGAAAUAUACACUGUAAAUAAGCUAUGACUCGUCACGCAAGAAAUUGUACAGCUGGUGCUGUGUACACCUACCAUGAGAAGAAGAAAGACGCUGCAGCCUCUGGUUAUGGCACCCAAAGCGAAAGACUUGGGAAGGAUUCUGUAAAAAACUUUGAUUGCUGUAGUCUCACAUUACAGCCUUGUAGGAACCCAGUGAUCACAAAAGAAGGCUACUUGUUCGAUAAAGAAGCUAUACUCGAAUAUAUCAUCACCAAAAAGAACGAAUACACGCGACAGCUGAAAAAAUAUGAGAAACAGUUGAAGAAAGAGGAGUCUGAAAAAGCAGAGUUAGCUGCAGCUGAGAAAGAAGCUAACUUGAUCAAAUUCAUGAAUAGAGAGAAGAACAUCUCUAGCAACAAGCAGCAGGGUGAUGGUCCUUCCACAUCAUCUUCAGUAUCGAAUCUUGCCAAUGGUAAAGCAAAGGAGUUGCCAAGCUUUUGGGUGCCUUCUCAGCUGCCUGAUGCAAAAAUUUCAAAAAUGGAAAAGCCGGAUCCUACAGUGUACUGCCCAAUUAGUGGCAAGCCGUUGAAAAUGAAGGAUUUAAUAGAAGUGAAAUGGACAUUAGUCAAUGAUCCAGAUGAUAAGAAGUCCUUGAUAGCUAAAGAGAACAGAUACAUGUGUCCGGUGACACAUGAUAUAUUGAGCAAUGCUGUACCUUGUGCUGUUAUAAGGACAACUGGCCAUGUAGUCACCAUGGAAUGUGUUGAAAAGAUUAUCAAAAAAGACUGGAUGCAUCCCCUCACUGGUGACAAGUUGAAGGAGAAAGAUAUCAUCAUGGUGCAAAGAGGUGGAACAGGGUAUGCUUCCACCAACCAGAACUUAGAAGGGAAAAAUGAGAGACCAGUCCUUCAAGCUUAGGUUAACUUGUGGGUAAUUGAUUAUAAGUUUAGUUAUAAUGUUCAGUUAAAUUCUAUGAAUGAAAGCUGUGUUAAUUGUGUACCCAUUCUUCAGGAUAAUCUGGGACCCUGGAAUUAUUUUAAACAAGGUUAACACACUUGGAACUAAAAAUACAUUUUUCUUUCAUAAUCAAUUUAUUUAUACAAAAAAAAAAAACUAAUUGUACCAGUAUGACUUCAUUUUUUAUGUGAAAAAUUUACAGUUUCAAGUGAAGUACAAAUGUAUAGAUUUAUUUAAUAGUUGGUUUGUGAGAACAAGUUUGAUGAUGUAACACCAAAUUACGUUUCCAUUUAGCAUAAUUGCAUUUUCACCUAAUCUCAUGUUAAUGUAUAAAUAAGAUAAAUAAAAGAAUAUGACUGUAA